UCUGUGAUCCCGAGUCAUUUAACUGCCAGUAUAUGGAGACUGUAGUUGUGUAAAAUGAAGUUCUACUAUGUACUGGUCGCUUUCCUCACUCACGCUCUAUUUGGAGAUAUUUGUUUGGCCAUUAAUGUGACGAUCGUCCCCUCACCAUUUACGGUAGCCCAGGAGGGUCAGAAUAUCACCUUAUCCUGUAUCGUUUCUCAGCGUCGCAGAAAUGCUGCUCUUCCUGUCGUCAAAUGGACCUUCCUCCCUGCUGGUGCGGAGCGGGCAGAAGACGAACUCCUUAUUGCACGGGUCAACAUGAGGAAGGCCCGUUUCUAUGGCAACUACACCAAAAGCUUCUCUUGGCCAAAGAUGAAGCUGACCGUGGUGAAGCAGGGCAAGAUUUUUGACCUGAUGAUCCUGAACGUAGCGGAAGGAGAUCGGGGGCUGUACAUGUGUCGAGUGCAGGAGUUUAAGAAGCACCAGGAGAGAUGGAAGGCUUCGUCCAACUGCACUGCCGCUACAGAGCUCAGAGUUCACGUGCUGCCCACCACCAAAGCCAAAGAGAGCCUGUGGAGCCUGUUUGAAGAUGUGUACCUGUGUGCGGUGCUCAUCUGCUCCGUGGGGUUGUUGUGUAUGUGCAUGUUCACGGUCACUGUCACCUGCCAGUACCUCCACAGGAAACAAAGGCUAAAAGAGGCGUACCACCUGGUCAAAAGUCCACAGAACAGCUCUGGAGAGACAGUCACCAGUGUCAUCAGCGUAUCUCCGGCUCUGCCCAAAAAGCAAAGGCGGUACAGGAAGAAGAGAAGCAGACAUUACCAAGAGGAGACUCCCCCUGAAAUACCAGCUAAAGUUCCAAUCGGAGACAAAAGAAAACCCAAACUUUUAAAACCACAACCGAGAAAAGUUUUGUUGCCAAAGAUUGUGGAGGAGAACCUAACAUAUGCAGAGCUGGACCUGGUCAAGCCUUUACCGGAGACAAAGGCGAGUCACAACGGGACGGUGUAUGCUCAGAUCAUGUUUGAGGAGCAGCAGCUAUGAGACUCAAUACUGUGGUCCUCUGUGGUCUCAUAGACAAGUUACAUCAUAUUUAUACUGCUCAUCUGAACACCAACAUCUGUCUACGACUAAAACUGUACAGAGUUCUGAUAUUUUCUCCUAUGGAAGAAAAUACUAUAGUUUCUUAAAAUGUUUUUGUACAUUACAUUUGACUGUUUUGUUCAUGCCAUGUAUAGGUUAAAAUGUUUCAUAAUACUGCAGGGUUUAUAUAAUGAG